UAGGGCAGGCAAUUUCAAGGACGUUCUGAGGUUGAGAUGAGGAUGAUGAAGUCGACGUCCAGAAAGGUCUCUCGUAUAUAUACAUGUAAUAUAGUCCUCCUCCCGAGUCAUUCAGUCAGUCAGAUCGGGAGAAGUAUGUCAAUUCCUUCUACUUUUCGCCUCUUCUCCUGCAAGUUCCUUCUGCACUCAAUUCUUCCCCCCAAAUCCCCAAUUCUCUCAUUUACAACAUCAUCAUCAUCAUCUUACGCCUCUAAAUUUCCCUCUCUCAGAUCCAUCUCAAUGGAAAGACUCUCACUAUCUCCUCCUUUUUCGUCCCCAACCCCCGACCUUCAACCACUGCAAGAAGAACAAGAACUGCCUCCAAAGCUGCAAGAAAUAGUUAGGCUCUUCCAAGCCGUACAAGAACCCAAAUCAAAGUACGAACAACUCUUAUUCUACGGUCGAAAUCUCGCCCCUCUUGAUGAUCAAUUUAAAACCAUAGAGAAUAAGGUUCAAGGCUGCGUUUCUCAGGUCUGGGUCAGGGCUUUUUUCGACUCACACAAAAAUGUAGUCUUUGAGGCCGAUUCUGAUUCGGUUCUCACUAAAGGGCUAGCCGCCCUUUUGGUGCAAGGUCUAUCCGGCCUGCCCGUGGAAGACAUUUUGCGGGUUUCGCCGGAUUUCGUUACGCUUUUAGGGCUGCAGCAGAGCUUGACUCCAUCUAGAAAUAAUGGGUUUUUGAAUAUGUUGAAGCUGAUGCAGAAGAAAGCUUUGCAGCUGUAUGCGCAAUCUGACAAAGAAGCUGAAGUGGGUGAUGAGAAUUUCGGUCAACAAAACUUGGUUGGGGAUGAUUCUUCUCAAUUUGAGUCCAAUAGUAGUGGAGGAGGAGGAGGGGAUGAAGAUAACAAUGGUGGAACUGGCUCCUCCUCCUCGGUGGUGGAAGAGAAUGAUAAAGAAGAAGGAGAUUCAGAAGAUUCGGGUGUGAAGCUUGGGAGCAGAGGGGAGAGAAUAAAGCAGAAAUUGAUGAAGGAAUUGAAACCAACUGAUUUAGGAAUCGAGGAUAUAUCGUAUCAGCAUGCGGGGCACGCGGGUGUUAGAGGGCAGGUUGGUGGGGAGACUCAUUUCAAUGUGAGGGUUGUGUCAAGUGAGUUUGAAGGGAAAAGUUUGGUUAAGAGGCACAGAAUGGUCUAUGCUCUGUUGCAAGAUGAAUUGCAGAAUGGCCUACAUGCCUUAUCCAUUGUGGCCAAGACACCAGAUGAGUCAUAAUAAUAAUUUACAACAAGAAUGAGAGCAAGGUUGAGUUAAUAAGGAUAGGAUGGGUAAAGUUCCUCAUUUGCAGCUAGGAGGGCCAUUGUUGAUGAAGGAGCUCUGUUUUGGAACUCUGCUUGGUAUAGUGUGUGCUGGUUUCUGGAAGAUGCAUCAUUUGGAAAGCAAAAGGAAAACAAAGACAUUCUACGAUAUGCUCGAUCGAGGUGAGAUCCGCAUCACAGCCACCGAAGAUGAAGAGUAGCUAGCCACUUCACUCCAUCAUUCAUUCAUUUCAUUCUUUUUUAAUCACCAAAUAAUUCAUUCAUGCCAGAAACUUCAUCAGGCAAUUUCAUUUUUAUGUAUCUAUAAUUGUUAUUAUUCAAUCUUCCAAAUAAUAAUAAUAAUAUAUAGUCUUUUGGUAUUUUAA